AUACAGAAUGGGUACAGAAUAUAAAGAAACUAACCAGGGUUUCCAAAGAAGCUAAUGGAAAUGAUAAAGUCUGCCUACAGUACGACUAAGUCAGCCAUUCCACAAAGAUGUCUCCAUCUUCACCUAUUGCCAAUACUAGAUCAUGAAAGCCUAGCAUUUUAUCCUCCAGUGAGAGCUGGUAUCUCUUCUGUAAAAGAGAAAGAAUUACUGUUGUUGUUAUUGAUUCCAACUCAUGGUGAUCCCAUGGAAUUAAUAUCCCAGAAUAAACCCUGUUUUUAUUUGGGAGAAAUAGUAUAAAGGUAAAAUCCUCAUAUGAUCGUAUAGUCAAUUGUUCUGUUCCUGGGAGGGAAUAGAGGAGAAAAAUAUAUACAAAUACAACAACAGAAGAAUUGACAUAUGCUACUUAGAACAAGCAACCCCAAGUUACCAAACCUGACAAACCAAACAUAAAAGAAAAAAGUCAAUAUUAAAAAAAAAAAAUGAAUAACUGGCUCCAGAAGAAAUUUCAAACAUUCAAGGAAGAAAAGGUAAUAUAAAAACAUGUAUUCUCAGAGAAUUGUAUCCACAAAAUAAGACAAGGACACUAUGAUAAAGGAACAAACAAAACAAGAAAAAGUUGAGAGAAAUUAACCCUAUGACUGCAAGAAUAAAAUAAAUGUCAGUGACAAAUCACAAAUAUCCCAGGACCUAGACAGACAAAAAGAUAGCACACAUAAGAAAAAAAAACAGAGACUUAGCUAAAGAAUAAAACAGGUCUAAUACCCUAAUAGUAGGAGUACCUACUAGUUAGAAAUUUAUUAUUUGAUGAAUAGCUCUUCCAGAAAGUUAACAUAAUUAACUUAAUAUUCAAUUAACUUAAUAUCCCAUUAGUAGCUCUUCCAGAACAAAUGGAAGAGAGGAAGUUGAGGGAGUACGUAAUCAAAGAAAUAAUAGAAGAAAAUUAUUCAGAGCCCAAGAUGGGCAUGCAUCUUACUAGACCCUUAGUAGAAAGGAUCUACAAAGUUUAUCACAGAAUUAAAAAGGAACUAUAUUUUGCAACAUCUCUGUACGAUUUUGGGAUAUCAGGAAUAAAUAUCCUAAAAGCUUGCCAGAAAGAGUAAUACUUAAAAAAGGAAAAGAAUCAGACUGGCAUCAGACUUCUUAUCAGCAAUAUUAGAUGAUAGGAAACAAAGGAAUAAUGCCUUUAGCAAUCAAGUCUGAUUGCAAAAUGAAAAUACUUACAGAUGCAAAGACUCAGAAAGUUUAUUUCCUAUGACUCUAUUCUGAGGUAGUUACUUGAAUAUGUGUAAGAAAUGAGGAUGAGAACCAUAACAGACAAAGCCAGAAGAUAUUUAACUGUGUCUUUUAAAUCGAGAAAUUGUAAGUGCUGAGGGGAGUCCCUGGGUGGUGCAAAUGGUUAAUGUGUGCUUGGUUGCUAAUGGAAAGGUUGGAGGUUUGAAUCCAUCCAGAGGCACCUAGGAAGAAAAACCUGUGAUCUACUUCUGAAAAAUCAGCCAUUGCAAACCCUACGGAGCACAGUUCUUCUUUGACAUGCAUGGGGUUGCCGUAAGUCAGAGUCAACUGAAUGGCAACUGCUUUUUUUUUUAUUUUAAAGUGUGAAUAAAUGAGCCUGGAAUAAAUGAAGGAGUGGGAGGGUGGAUGGGUAGAAAGAUAAUGGCAAGUGAGAGACAUCAAAAAAAUUUUUUUUUGGAAACUAGCAAUAUACAUACAAAAAAAAAAAGACGUUUCCCAUAAACUAUCCCUAGAGUAAAUUGCAGCAUUAUUUGAUCCCAACAUUCUUCUGACAGGUGAUGUGAAUUGUGUCUUAUGGCCAUGAUAAACAGGACAGAAGUGACUGAAUUCAUCUUAUCAGGCCUGUCCAAUUGGCCAGAGAUGCAACCAGUCAUUUUUGGGAUUGUUCUUGCCAUGUACCUGGUAGCAGUUGUUGGCAAUGCUCUUGUGGUAAUUGCUGCCCACUUAGACACCAAGCUUCAGACACCCAUGUAUUUCCUUCUCAGCCAGCUUUCCUUUGUCGACAUAUUUCUGACAACCAUCACUGUGCCCCAGAUGCUGGUGCACACACUGUCUGUGGAUCGAACCAUCUCCUUUAAUCGCUGCAUGGUUCAGUUGUUUUUCUUUAUGACUGUGGGCAGCAUGGAAGGUCACCUGUUGGCUGCCAUGGCCUAUGACCGCUAUGUUGCCAUCUACAAUCCUUUAAGAUACUCUACCAUUGUUAGCCGCCACCUCUGUCUGCGCAUAACCUUGACCUCAUGGGUGGUUGUCAACCUCGACAGCCUCCUUUACAGUAUGCUGGUCAGCCGCUUAACCUUUUGUGGCAACCAGGUCACCCACUUCUUCUGUGAUAUCACGCCCCUACUGCAGCUCUCCUGCACCCGACCAGUGGUCAAUGAAAUGCUAAUCUUCACGGAGGGUGUAGCUGUGGUGGUCAGCCCUUUCUUCUUCAUUUUGGGCUCCUAUGCCCACAUUGGUGUUGCUAUAGCCCGCAUGCACUCUGUUGCUGCCUUGCGCAAAGCCUUGUCCACCUGUAGCUCUCAUAUCCUGGUUGUGCUGCUCCUGUAUGGCUCUGUGAUCCGAAUGUACCUCCGGCCAUCCUCUGGCUAUGAUCUGGACCAGGACCACUACGUCGCCAUUUUCUACACAGUGGUUACCCCUAUGCUAAACCCACUCAUCUACAGCCUAAGGAACCAGGAGGUUAAGGGUGCUCUGUGGAGGCUUGGCAAGAAACUCUGCAUCUCGGGAAACUUCCAACCUGGCUCACAGGCAAACAGGAAAUGGCAGCAGAUCUCUUGA